GCCCAACCAAACACACCGGUGACAUUGUGGGCUUAAACGUGCUGCAGAUGAUGAUGUUUUGAAUCAACCUGACGUUUAUUCUUCAUGUUCGCUGCUCUUUCAGUGAUAUUUCAGAUAUCUGCUCGUGAUGGAGGCGUUUGUGUCCAAGACUCUGGAGCUUCUACAGGAGGAGCGGGAGGCCGAAAUCGAAGAAACCAGGAUAUGGCAGGAGAAUGUGUCUCUGAAGGAUCUUCAAAAUAAAGGCGUUUGCCUGCUGAAACUGCAGAUUGGAAGUCAGUCCACAGGCCUGUAUGGUCGCACGGUUGUUGUCCUCGAGCCAAGGAAGCAUCUUGGUUUCUCCUCUCUUCCGAGCAACAGUUUUGGGCCGGGUGAUAUAGUUGGCCUGUAUGACACUGCUGGAUGCACUGCGCCGUCGCAGAUAUGCACAGGGACAGUGACGCGGGUCAGCCAAGCAUCUAUAAGUGUGGCCUUCGAUGAUGUUAAGGAUGGCAUCAAUUUGGAUACAGAUUCUCUUUACAACCUGUUAAAAUUAGCCAAUGACAUCACCUACAAACGAAUGAAGCAUGCACUGAACGCAUUGAAUGGGUACAACAACGGGCCAGCUGCUAAUAUGAUAAACGUUCUUUUCGGAGACUCACAACCAUCGUCCCACUCACAGACGAAUGCUUUUGAGUUUUUUAACUCGGACCUGGACGAUUCCCAAAGAGAAGCCGUUUCCUUUGCUCUGUCCCAGAGAGAACUGGCUGUGAUCCACGGACCUCCGGGCACGGGAAAGACCACCACUGUGGUGGAGAUCAUCCUGCAAGCAGUCAAACAAGGGCAAAAGGUCCUCUGCUGUGCUCCUUCAAAUGUUGCUGUGGACAAUUUAGUGGAAAGGUUGGCUCGGUGCAAGGCCAAGGUCCUGAGACUGGGUCACCCGGCCAGACUGCUGGAGUCCAUCCAGAAACACUCGCUGGACGCUAUCCUCGCUCAGAGCGACAGCGCAGGCAUCAUCGCUGACAUCCGGAAAGACAUUGACAAAGCAUUUAUGGGGAGGAGGAAGAUGCAGGAGAAAGGAGACCGGUUCAACUUCAAACGAGAAGUAGGAGAAUUGAGAAAGGAGCUGAAAGACAGGGAGACCACGGCGAUUACCCAGAUCCUGAAAAGGGCCGAUGUGGUCUUAUCUACCAACACUGGUGCUUGUGACACCGGCCCUCUGAAGUUCCUGCCUGCAGAGCACUUUGACUGGGUUGUGGUGGACGAGUGUGCCCAGGCCCUGGAGAGCAGCUGCUGGAUCGCUCUGCUAAACGCACGCAAGUGCAUUCUGGCCGGAGACUACAAGCAGCUACCCCCAACUAUCAAAUCACAAACAGCUGCAUCAAAAGGCCUGUCCCUGAGUCUCAUGGAGAGACUCAUUCAGAUGUACGGAGACUCCGUGGUCCGCAUGUUAACGGUUCAAUACCGCAUGAACAGCGCCAUCAUGGAUUGGGCCUCCAAGGAGAUGUACCAGGGAAGACUAACUGCUCACCGCUCAGUGGAGAGUCACUUACUAAAAGAUCUGGCAGGUGUUACCUGUGUUGACGAGACCAGAACUCCACUCCUGCUGAUCGACACCGCGGGGUGUGGCAUGAAUGAAAUGGAGACCACGGACGAGGUGUCCAAAGGCAACCUAGGUGAAGUAGACAUCGUGGAGCUGCACAUAAAGGCCUUGACUGAAGCUGGGGUUAAAGCCAAAGACAUUGCCGUUAUCGCUCCAUAUAAUCUUCAAGUGGAUCUUCUACGUCAGAAACUUUCUUCACGACACCCGGAUCUGGAGAUAAAAUCGGUGGAUGGAUUUCAGGGCAGAGAAAAAGAAGCGGUUGUGCUGUCGCUUGUUCGGUCCAACAGAAAAGGGGAGGUCGGAUUUCUCGCAGAGGACAGACGGAUAAACGUCGCGGUUACUCGUGCGAGACGCCACAUCGCUGUCGUGUGUGACGCGCAGACCGUUCAGAAUCAUGCUUUCUUGAAGUCCCUCAUCAGUCACAUGACUGAGUUCGGUGAGGUCAGAACAGCAUUCGAAUACCUCAGCGACGUCGCACCGCAGAACUACAGUCGCACCCACAAAGACGCCAACGUCUCGUCCGCCAAACAGAAGGCCAGAGAUCAGCCGUCUGGUCGGGGGAAGCAAGGACAGAAGAAGUCCACCGGGGACAGCGGUAAAGAAAAUCCUGCCGGUCCAGAAAAGCACGCAAAGACGUCCACGCCAGCGCUCACAGAGCACAAGCAGAACAAGGACAGGUACGCCGAGAUCAGAGAGCAGGUGGAGAAGUUCAUAGAGGACUCAAAUCAGAGUGACUUACAGUUUCCAUCAUCGUUUAACUCGCACGACCGGCUGCUGGUUCACCAAGUCGCAGAGGAGCUGGGCCUCGUCCAUGAAAGCAAAGGAGAGGGCGGCGGCAGGUGCAUCACCGUCUCCAGGCCACAGACGCCAGCUCCGGCCAGGGAGCUGAAACCGGAUGGAGGAAAGGAAACGGUCGCCGCUCUGCAAAGCGAGCCAGCGCCUCAGUGUCCAGGGCCGAAGCCUCCAUUAGACCUGAAGACUUUACAUUUGGAGAGAAUGAAGAGGGAGCAGCAGAAAAGGGAGGAAAGCACUCAGAAAAAGAAGGAGCAGAGUCGCCUUCCUCCGGCUCAGGGCCAGUCGGCAAAGAAAGCCAAAGGGAAGAACAAAGUGAAGGCGGGUUCCUGCGACAUCGCCGCCGCCUCGGCUCCUGAUGACGACUUUGACGCUCUCAUCAGUGCUGUCGUGAAGGCUGACAGCGUCUGUAGUUUUACCAAGUGUAAAGCGUCCAUGUUGACGCUCGGACAGCUUUGCUUGUUCUGCAACAGGCAGUUCUGUUUCAGUCAUCACAUCCCAGAGGUCCACGGCUGCGGGGAUAAAGCCAAGAGUCACGCCCGGAUGAGAAUAAGCAAAGAGGGGGUUCUUUAUGCUGGAAGUGGGAAAAAAGACAAAUCCAUGGACCCCAAUAAGAAAGCAUAUCUGCAAAGAAGACUGGACUCUAAAUUAAAAGAUAUGGCAACGCGAAGGAAACCCAAGAACAAUGAGAAGGAGGGUUAGCGCCACCGCAACACCUCCGUAACUGAACAAAUGUGAUGAUGGACGGUCUUGUAAUCAGAUUUGCACUGAAUGCAGUCUUGUCAUGACAAGCUGCUGAAUUUUAUUUGUGAAACACAGAUUAAAGUUUACAAAAGUUCAUUCUCCUUAUGAAAGCACACACCUCUGAUAUAAAUACUCAUGUUCACGUCAUCUCCAGGUAAAUGUGUCCUGCAUAACAAACGCUGUGCGUAGGGCCUCAUCUUCCAACAGGGGCCACAUUUUGCACGAUCCGACACAUUUGCACGGUAGCGUAUAUGCGCAAUGGGUGCGUUUAUAUGCUACUGUGAAGCAGAGGAGAGAAAGGAGACCCUGAAAUCUGACCGUGCCAUGAUUGACAGCACUCGACAUCUGACCUGCACGUGCAGGCAGGCUCUUGCAGAACUACAGAAGGAGAGAUUUCAAUAUGUCAUUCAAAAGACAUCACAAAUCAAGAGUGAGAAGAAAAAAAAAAAGCAAAAGGUAUGUUGUUGAAAUAAAACUUUAGCACAAACACCUAAGCUGCCACUCAUUAGAUAGGGAUCUGUCUGGAGUCUCUGUCUAGACUGGAGGAUUGUGUUUUUCCAGCUGUCCUGAACAUUGCUGACAUGACCAGUUGGU